AUGGACCCCGAGCCCGGACUCGCAGCCCGCGUUGCUCUCCUCGAGUCACACGUCGCCGCCCUCACCGCCGCCGUCGCUGCGCUUCAAGCCGAGCGUGCCCGUCCUGUGCCCACCAGCGAGUCGCCGACCGCCCCGCCGCCGCACGCCACACUCUCUCCCAGCCUCGAUAUCCAAGCUCGACACGCUAGGCCACAAUCGCCUCUCGCUCCGCCGCUCGUCACAUUCUCGGGCUUUGGUGAUGACGCGGACCGCCUUGCCACUCUUCGCGAUGUGGUGCUGAAGCUCGGAGGCCGAGUCAAGGCCAACCCGCAGGAGUUUGACGCCGCUAUCACACACGUGGUUGCGCUGCCCGGUGCACGAACGCUCAAGCUUCUUGCUGCGGGCCUCACAGGCCGCUGGAUCAUGCGGCCCGAGUGGCUGACGGCGUCGGCGGCCGAGUCGGGCUUUGUCGACGAGGCCGGCUACGGCGCCCGAUUUCCCGUCGAGGACAACCCGUUUCGCGGCCGACGCCUCUACCUCGCCGACGCCUUUGUGGCCUCGAUCUCCAAGACCAAGCUCGCCAACUUUACCAAACUCGCCUUUAAGCUCGGCCGCGCUGUGCGUGUCGACAGUGAGGCUGCCGCAGACAUUGUCGUCGUCCCACCGCUGCCGGCGGGCGCUGAUCCGCAUCAGCGGCCGGUCCACCACCGGACUUGGCACGAGCUCAUACACGCCAUUCCCUCGUGUCCACCAGAUGACGGGACAGAGUCUGGCCACGUUGACAAGCCCAGCCGCCUCCCGCCAGCGACGUCACCAAUGGUCGUUCCCCGCGCUCGCGUCGCGCCGAGCGUCAUUCCGCGCAAGCGCAGCCCGUCAGAUGCAGUCCAGCGCGAGGUCAAGCGCCACAAGGCCAAAGCCUGA